CGCAGAUCUUUGGCAGAGUCAGACAGUUGAAGCGGUCCUGCAGCGGGCUAUGAGCGUCUGACAGAGCGGUGUUUACAUUUUUUCCUCCUCUGUUGCUUUAUUUUCUAUCUGCAGGCCGCGGUCAGCGGGAGUUAACAGGAAUCUAUAGCCUCACAUGAGCAUCAGGAAGCGUUGCCUGCCUGCUGCUGGUGAACUGCGUGUGUUGGUGGAUUUGAGUGAAGAAGCGCAGCCUGUCUGUCUGUCAGGCAGCUUUAGGUCUCAGACAUGAGCGGAAGAGUUGGAGAUCUCAGUCCUAAGCAGACUGAGGCGCUGGAACAAUUUCGAUCGAAGAUACAAGACAUUCUUCCUCAACUCCCAGCACAGCAUGACCACUUCCUGUUACGCUGGCUCCGAGCGCGAAACUUCAAUGUUCAGAAGUCUGAGGCAAUGCUGCGAAAGCAUCUGGAGUUCAGGAAACACAUGAAAGUAGACACGAUAACCACUGACUGGUGCCCACCAGAGGUGAUAGAGAAGUAUCUCUCAGGAGGGAUGUGUGGAUAUGACCGUGAGGGGAGCCCUGUUUGGUACGACGUGAUUGGACCCGUGGAUCCCAAAGGUCUCUUCCUGUCCGCUUCCAAGCAGGACUUCAUUAAGUCCAAGAUCAGAGACUGUGAGAUGCUGCAGAAGGAAUGUAACCUCCAGUCAGAGAGACUGGGCAGGAAUAUCGAGUCAAUCACCAUGAUCUAUGAUGUUGAAGGUCUGGGACUGAAACACUUGUGGAAACCUGCAAUAGAAACAUAUGGAGAGAUCCUGCAGAUGUUUGAGGAUAACUACCCAGAGGGGCUGAAGAGGCUAUUUGUUAUAAAGGCUCCUAAACUGUUUCCUGUGGCCUAUAACCUUGUCAAGCAUUUUCUGAGUGAGAUCACCCGGCAAAAGAUCUACAUCCUCGGGGCAAACUGGCAGGAGGUUUUACUGAAGUACAUUGAUGCAGAGGAGCUGCCGGCCAUUUAUGGGGGGAAGAUGACGGAUCCUGACGGCGAUCCUCGUUGCAGAAACAGGAUCAACCAUGUUGGCCCAGUACCUCCUUCCUACUAUGUGCGGGAUCAUAUCAAAGUGGAUUAUGAAUGCUGUGUGACCGUCAAUCGAGGUUCUUCCCAACAACUGGACUAUGAGAUCUUGUUCCCAGGCUGCGUCCUCCGGUGGCAGUUUGCUUGUGAAGGUGCAGACAUUGGUUUCGGGGUGUUCCUUAAGACGAAAAAGGGGGAGUGGAAGAAGGCAUCUGAAAUGGAGGAAGUAAUUCCCAGCCAGCGGUAUAACGCUCACUUAGUACCAGAGGAUGGAUCUCUGACCUGUGAGCGUCCAGGAGUUUAUGUGCUGAGGUUUGACAACACGUACAGCAUCUUCCAGGCAAAACGAGUCAGCUACACCGUGGAGGUGCUGCUCUCUGACCAGUUACAGUCACAGAGGGAAGGCCACAGCAACGGGAACAACAGGAAGCCCAGCAGCCAAGCGGAAGAUGACGACAGCAGCCAGACACAAAUGUGAUGUUGGUUAAGUUCAGGGAUGUUGAGCCGCUUAUGAUCAGCACAGCCUGACAAACUUGAUGUAAACCCAGCCACAUCUGCAUUAGCUCACUCAUUUUCAAUUGUUUAUAGGGCUAUAACAGUCAGGGUCUGGUACAGAACUCUAUUUGGAGUGUUUUGUACAUCGACCAACCAAAAAAAUAAAAUAAUUCAAAUGCUUGGUUUUCCUUCUCCUAUUUUAAACAGAAAAAAUAAGUAAUGAAAGUGUUCUUAAAAUAAAGUGGUUCUGAUCGAGUGAGCAGGAUACAUUAUUGAGAAGCAAAUUUGUCAACUUCCAAAUUAAAUCCAAAAUUAAGAUGCUUACAUUUAAAACUAAUUUGGAUAUAUAUACUAUAAACUACAGUAUGUGCGACUUAGAAGUUGAUGUUUUUUUUAUCUACUUGGUUUUUGUUGCAGCUAAUAACUGCAAAAAUCUUGCUCAG